UCCUUGAUGAUUUGGUUUUGUAGUUACUGCGUUUUGUGUAGUGUUGAUGUGAGAUGUUAAGCAUUAAAUAUGAAGUUAUGGUCUUUAUUAUAGCAUGAUAACAAACUGAUAUUAAAGUGGACCUUGAGACAAUAUGCCGGUGUUGAUUCAAAACAGAGGACUGGACCGCAUAGGCUCCACAGCGGAACUGUUCGACAAGUACCCACAUUUACAGGAAAAUGCAAGGACAUUUAGCUCCAAGCCACUUGUUGAUGUCGACCCAAAGUGCCUCUUAUAUGUCCAACAGAGAGAGUUUGCUGCGACAACACCAGCAGACAACUGUGUUUCAGUUAUUGGAUCUGAUGAUGCCACCACCUGCCAUUUGGUUGUGCUGCGACACACCGGAAGUGGAGCUGUUUGCCUUGCUCACUGCGAUGGUUCCAGCACCUGGUCUGAAAUCCCGCUCCUUGUGAAAGCUGUGACGUCACUGAGUAGCUUCAGUAAGGAGGGCAGACUUGAGCUCCAUCUCGCUGGGGGAUUUAACGAUGAGUCAAAAACAUCCCAUAAACUCAGCUUUAAUAUACUGGCAGCGUUCCAGAAAUUGAAAGAGGAAAUUCAUUUGGAAACAUGUUGCAUCACAGAAAUGAAUGACGUUGUUGUUGAUGGAACUCAUAGGCCUGUAGUAUAUGGAAUAGGUGUAAAUGUUAAGACAGGGGAAGUGUUCCCUUCGUCCUUCUUCACUCAUAAAGGACCUGCAGUGGAGCUGCGAUCGGCAAGGACCUUCACUGGGGGACAGAUGGCAGACAUAUAUGACUCAAGUCGAGGGCUUGUUAAAAUCGGGCCUUGCAGGUGGUCUCCAAAUCUGGAUAUUGCCUUCUGGUUGUCACAAAAUGAUGACACAAUUUUAAAGUACCUGUCCACCUCUCCGAUGGCUGAGCCACCACACUUUGUCCAGCACAUGAAGACCACCAUCCAGUUCCUUUUAGAGCACCCCAACUCUGACAGCCUGUUCCCCGGGGGUCAGCCACAGCUCUACCACAGGACUGAGAGGGGGGACUGGGAGAGGGCUGUCAACUCAUAGAGCUCGACCCAUAUCUCUUACUGGACCUCACCAUGGAACCUGAUUGUUUUUGCCUCUCAGCUCAAUGGAUACACUGUGACCCAUCCACCCGCUGUCUGUAUUCUGUUCAUUGUGUCUUAACAUGGAGGUAGCCCCUGAUUGGAGCAUACUGUAUGUAUGUUGAAUGGCUCUCCUGACUCAUCUGGCUGGUCCAGUAGAAAGAGCAGAGGAAGUACAAGUGAAUCUGUUCAUGCCUCUAACCAUUCAUUUUUCCACUCUUGUGAGAUGGCGUCAAGUCUCCAACUUAUACGAUCUGCUUUGUUGCAGUAAUUCAUGGUAAACGUCCUACUAUACUUGGCUGUUUUGAUUGUCGAAGGAUUCAUUAACAUUGUGGUCUUAUGUCCAGUAAAAAAAACAACGUAAUUAUCAUUUUGUAUAUUUUUUUAGCCCAAAAACUAAGGUUGCACCUUUUCCAAAGCAAUUUUUUUUUCUAUUAAAUUCCUAACUUGCAUGCAUCCAUUGUUCAGCUUAUAGUAGUACAGUCAAGCAACUUGUACAUUCAAAAUUUGCCUUCAUAUUUUUGUACGUCCCUUAAUGUAGUCACUUACUGUGUCGCCAGGAAAUCAAACCUUGCCUACCCCCAGGAAGUUUUAAAUCUGUUUUUCUUGGAGGUUUUGCAAUCUAAAACUUAACUUAAAGGUAUGCUAUGGAAAUGUAUGCACAAUAUGUAUUGAAUGGGCGAAAAAUGUCAAACCAUAUGCAUGAUCUAAAACCUGACCUACUAUUGAGGAGUAAUUCCAGGUGGGGAACUUGCUGCAACAACAAUGAAGAAUAUGUUUAUUUUGGCGCUUUGUUUAUAACAGUGAAGAGAAUACGUAUUGCUAAGCUCUGCAUUGUUUAAGAGAUGAGCAAAGUUUAUUUUUCUCUACAAAAGCACCUUCCUGAAGAAAAUUGAUGAUAUUUAACUUCAUCAUAUUGCUGUAUACUUGGCCAUGAAUGUGUAUGUUUUAGGAAACUGCAUGUGUAGAUGUGUAUAGUAAUAUGCAGGGGAUGAUGUGGAUUCUAAUCAAACACAACAAAAUAUGAUUUUACUAGUUUUGUCUUUUCUUUUCAAUUGUUAAAAAUGAAAACAUAUAUAAUGUUUAAGGCCUUUUCAUCAUUUGUGUUGUUCAGGAGAUUUCAAGGUGCUCAAAGCAUUAAUUGCAACUUGUGAACAUACUGUACCUGUUGCUAAAUAAAUGUAAAUGGUCAAAUCUAGUUUCAAAUGGUCCUGUCUAUGUUUAUGUUCAGAGUGAGUGAAGUUGAGAGGGUGGGAAUCAUGAUGUUGCUAUCUACUUGGUCCAAUGCCAUU